AUGUUUCUGGUCACCUACAGGAGCUGUAAGGACCCCAUUAUGCCAACCCAGCAUUGCAGUCAUUACGGCUGCUAGAGGGAGUAAUUUACUAUGGAGUUUACUGAUAUUCUUGAUUCUUUGGAGGACCUAGGAUACCAGGGUCCACUCCUAGAGGACGGAGCUCUUGAGACGGCUGUGACUGGUGGUGCUGCAUCUCCAGAGUUCACUAAACUGUGUGCCUGGCUUGUGUCUGAGCUCAAGCUCUACUGCAAACUAGAGGAGAAUGUGCAGGCGACCAACUGUCCGAGCGAGGCUGAGGGGUUUCAUCUGGAGAUCAGUGGUCUUUUAGCUGAGCUGUGCUGUCCAUAUCCUGCUCUCAUCACUGGAGAGGUCACCAAACGUCUUCUGAAUGCAAACAAUUGCCUGUUACUGCUGAGCUUCUUGAUCUCCGAGCUUGAGUCGUCUAGGAUGAUCCUGGUGAACCAGCCCCAGAAGAAGGAGCAGGAGACAGGUGGCAGUAAAGUCUUCAUGGAGCUGAAGGGCAUCUGUAUGGCUCUGGGCAUGUCCAAACCUCCUCCUAACAUCACCAUGUUCCAGUUCUUCAGUGGUAUUGAGAAAAAGCUGAAGGAGGCUUUGUCCAAGGUCCCUCCAACUCAUAUAGGAGAACCUCUGCUGAAGAAACCACUGGGCCCUGUACAUUGGGAGAAAAUUGAAGCAAUAAACCAAGCACUUGUGAACGAGUAUGACGUCAGAAGGAAAAUGUUGCUGAAACGACUGGAUGUGACGGUGCAGUCUUUUGGCUGGUCAGACAGAGCCAAGACACGUGCUGAUAAACUUUCAAAAGUGUACCAGCCUCUUCGAGUGGCGCUGGCCACUAAAAGCAGGGUGUCUGUGGCCCACCUGUUUGCUGCUAGAGAAGAUUUAUCAAAGAUCUUGAGAACCAGCAGUGGUCACAUCAGGGAGAAAACAGCCUGUGCCAUUAACAAGGUCCUGAUGGGUCGUGUUCCUGAUCGAGGAGGGAGACCCAAUGAGAUCGAAGCCCCACCUCCAGAGAUGCCCACAUGGCAGAAACGGCAGGAUGGUCCACAAGGUGGUGGCGGAGGACAGUACUACUCCGGUGGCGGAGAAGGUAGAGGUGGUGGACGAGGUGGUUACGAUCAGCAGCAGGGUGGCCGUGGAGGUCAUGAGAGAGGAGGUGGAGGCAGAGGUGGAAGAGGAGACCACCGUGGAGGUAAAGCGCAGGGGAACUGGCAGGACGGCUCUGGCGGAGGUGGAUACCAGGGUCAUUACCAGGACGGUGGAUAUCGAGGAGGAGGAGGCUACCAAGGAGGCCAGCAAGGACCGGGGUACCCAGGAGGAGGAUAUCAGGGCGGAGGUGGAGGUGGAGGUUACCAGCAUGAGGGCUACUAUCAGAAUGGAGGACGACACCAGGAGAGAGGAGGAAGGGGUGGGCGCGGGGGUAGAGGAAGAGGAGGAGGAAGAGGAAGUGGGCAGGGAGGAGGAUGGGGUGGAAGAGGAGGGCAGAAUUAUAACCAAGGGGGGCAAUUUGAACAAUUCUUUCAGCAAGGUGGGCAACAGUAUAACCAGGCCGGCUUUGGCCAGGGAAGACAGUUUACUAGCUGAAAACAGACUGUUACUGCGAUCUACAGCUUCAAAACGGACCCACAAUUCUCUUGAGGGUGGGAGAAUAUGAGAGACGCAGGCCUCUGAAUGAGCAGACAGGCAUUACAUCUCAUAAUUCCCAUGGUGCCUCUGGAGUUUGUUUUACAGAGAUCUCCUCUGAAUGAACAAUGCGCUUCUACACGUGGACGGUUGGUUUAGACGGAUCUGCUUCCAGCAGACCAUUUAAGCUGCUUUAGUUAUUUGGAAGUGCGAGGUUGGGUUGGUAGAAUCUCCUAGGAUGAACUUUGGUGUGUUACUGGGUUUGUUUUCUUCCUUCCUCAUUGAUGAUUGACAUCGGUCCAGUCUACUGCCUGAUCUCGCUGCCCCGACUCUGAAUCUGACAAAGCCUUAUACUAGGAAGUGAUCAAACUUUUGUUAUUCUAGUUUUAUGGAAAUGUAACUUUUUUUUUCCAUCUCACUCAGUGAGAUUUUGUUAACGUAUGAAUAAAGGUCAGCCGAGUUCUCGCCGCUCACGUGUGAAUGUUCGGUUGCUGACUGUGUGGAAACCCCGAGAUUGAUUGACUGACUUGUUUUGAGCUUUCUACUGGUUUGGGAAAGAGUGGAUACAGUUCACCUUUACAAUGUUUAAAGGUUUUGGAAUGAUUAAAUCGUAAAGAAAAGAGCUCACUGUCGUGGUGGAUUUUUAUUUUUGUAAUCACAGAAAACUGAUCAGUUUCAAAUGAAGAUUUUUUCUUGCAUUAUUAUAGUGGCAAUAAAAUAUCAGAAGUUAUAAUGAUAGAAACAACUUUACUAAAUUAAAUACAA